AUGGAUGAAAAGUACGACAAACACAAAGUGAAGAAACCUAGGGUGCUGAACAGAAAGAUUGUCAUCGCCUUGAUUGUGGCAGUUAUUCUGGUAGUAGUUAUUUCUGUCUCUCUGGCAGUGACUCUGAUGCCUACCCGAACCACGAGAGAGGCUCGGAUGCAGACGGUUAAUGAUAUACUGGAUAGAGUACCACUAGUUGAUGGUCAUAAUGAUUUCCCGUGGCAUAUACGGCUAGACACCGCCAUCAAUGGAAGCUUGUCCCGCUUAAAUAUGAGCCAAGACUUGAGAAAGGUGCUGAGGUAUAGGGCGAAGUUCCAUCCCAGUCAGACAGACAUACCCAGAAUAAAGAAGGGACGCCUUGGCGCACAGUUUUGGGUGUCAUUUGCGCCAUGUGAAUCCCAGUUCAAGGACGCCACUGUGAAAGCCCUGGAGCAGUUGGACCUCAUUAAACGAAUGAUUGCGCAGUAUUCUGAUGUCUUUGAAUUUGUCACCACAGCAGAUGGUAUUGAAUCUGCCCAUAAAAGCGUUAAAGUGGCCAGUCUCCUGGCUGUGGAGGGAGGUCAUCACAUCAGGAGUAGUCUGGGGGUACUGAGGAUGUUCUACGAACUGGGAGUGCGUUAUAUGACCCUCACCUGGAACUGUAAUACACCGUGGUGGGCUGACUGCAACGUCGCUACCAGGCAACGAAAACCUGUCCACCACGGCCUGACGGACUUCGGCAAGAUCGUCGUGAAGGAGAUGAACCGCUUAGGAAUGAUGGUAGACCUGUCGCACGUGGCCAAAGAAAACGGCGGCAUAGUUAUGGUUAACUUCUACAAUGAUUUUAUAAACUGUUCUGCUGAAAACACAUAUACAGGGGAACAGGACUGGAGACCCGCGGAUAUCAACCAAGUCAUAGAUCACAUAGAGUACAUACGCAAUAUAACCGGCGUUGAUCACGUUGGACUAGGCAGCGACUUUGAUGGUAUAGACAGGUAUCCUGUCGGUCUAGAAGACGUGUCGAAAUUCCCCAACAUUCUCUACGAGUUGAUGUCACGUGGUUGGAGUGAGGAAGAGCUGGAAAAACUUGCCGGGAAAAACUUUCUUAGGGUGUUCAGAAAGGUUGAGGAGGUGAGAUAG